CUCUUCUCAAUGUUGGCGGGAAGACUUCCCCCAGCUAAGCGGCUUAAAGAUGUCGGCCUCCUGCCUAAAGUCCUGGGAAGAGGUGGAUUGCGAACUGCGCCCUCAGGUGAAUGAAUGUAAAGAAAAUGAAAACAGUACUACAACUUUAGGAAAAACACUUAAGGUUUAUCUUUCUCCAAUUUCACUCAGUAACUACAAGCUAGACCCAGUUAAGUGGUCCACAUCUGUAUUAGAAAAGAAUUCUAACCAUGCAGUGGUAUCUAAGAAGACUGAAGUAAAAACUUACAGAAAGAUUUUAACUCCAAAGAUGAAAGCCAUAUCCUUCAAGUCAGAAUCUACUCUGCAAAAAUCAUCCCUGGAUGUUCAUGCUGUGAAUAACAAGGUGGAACACAAGAGCAAUUCCGAGUCAGGGCUGCACAGCGUUGAUACGGGAAGCAGUGAUGAAGACACCACGCCAGGCCUGGAUGAAUUUGCAGGAUUGUCACCUUACGAGAGGAAGAGAUUGAAGAACAUAAAAGAAAAUGCAAACUUUUUUGCUUCUCUUCAGUUGUCUGAGUCAGCUGCAAGGCUCCGUGAAAUGAUAAAGAAGAAACAGCCUACAGAAUCCAAGAGGAAGAAGCCCAAGAAGAAAGAAAAUGAGAUUGGAUGUAGAAGGUCCAUGCGAUUACUAAAAGUUGAUCCUUUGAGAAUUUCAUUACCAGAAGCUUCAACACAGCUGACUUUAGUAGAAGAUGAAAAUACUUUGUUACCUCCUGGGCCUUUAGAAAUGAUUCCUGAAAAUCAAGAUGACAACAAUGAGCUAUUUAAAGGAUUUCUGAAGACAUGGGCAGAAACAAGCAAGGCAAGUAACAAGAACUCUGAGAAAGGAUUAUCUAGCAUUAAAAGCUACAAAGCCAAUUUAAAUGAUAUGGUUAUUAGUGAAGAUACUGUUCGUAAAGUUACUAAAGGCGCAAUAUCCUCUGUGGCCCUCCAUCCAUCAGAAACUAGAACUUUGGUAGCAGCUGGGGCCAAAUCUGGACAAAUUGGACUUUGGGAUUUGACCCAGCAGAAGAAAGAAGAUGGGGCAUAUAGUUUUCAUCCCCACAGUCAGACUGUUAGCUGUCUUUACUUUUCACCCACCAAUCCAGCCCACCUGCUGUCACUGAGCUAUGAUGGCACAUUACGAUGUGGGGAUUUUUCCAGCGCUGUUUUUGAAGAGGUGUACAGAAACGAAAGGAGUAGCUUUUCCUCCUUUGACUUUUUGACAGAAGAUGCUUCCACUUUACUAGUGGGACACUGGGAUGGACAUUUGUCACUGGUGGAUAGGCGGACUCCUGGAACUUCUUAUGAGAAACUUUUUAAUUCUUCGAUGGGAAAAAUAAGAACUGUUCAUGUCCACCCAGUGCUUAAGCAGUAUUUCAUCACUGCAGGAUUGAGGGAUAUUCACAUUUAUGAUACCCGGCGCCUGAAUACCAGGGGAAGCCAGCCUUUGAUUUCUUUGCACGAGCACACAAAGAGCAUUGCUUCUGCCUAUUUUUCACCUGUCACUGGGAACAGAGUGGUAACCACAUGUGCUGAUAGUAAACUAAGAGUCUUUGACAGCAGCUGUAUAUCCUCCCAGAUUCCUCUCCUCACCACCAUCAGGCACAACACCAUAACUGGGCGAUGGCUAACUAGGUUCCAAGCCAUGUGGGACCCUAAACAAGAAGAUUGCUUCCUAGUUGGCAGCAUGGCCCAUCCACGGCAGGUCGAUAUCUUCCAUGAGACAGGAAGGAAUGUGCACUCUUUCUUUGGAGACUGUCUUCUCUCUGUGUGUUCCCUCAGUGUUAUGCACCCUACUCGCUAUAUUCUGGCUGGAGGCAAUUCCAGUGGGAAGUUACAUGUUUUUAUAAAUGAAGGCAGCUGUUGAGUUUCUGGGGUAGGUAGGCAUACUUAUGUGUUCACACUGGUCUCUGGCUAAGGAACUGAUUCACUUGACUUUGUAUGUUUAUUUGGUAUUAGGUUAUAUUUAGCAAGUAUAAAAUUAUAUUGAUAAGAACUUUAUGCAGAAUGUAUUGGGAGAAAGGGAGGAACUGGGAGGCUAGUUCUAGAAUAUUGAAAGGAGAUUCGAGCAAAGGCUGAGAUACUUGUAGCACUUUUUUUUUUUUUUUUCCUUUUCUUGAGACAGGGUCUCAUGUCUCUCUGGGCAGCCACCUGCUAUGUGCUGGGACUACAGGCAUGUGCCAUUGCACUCUGCAUUCAGCACUUUUAAUCAGGCCAUAUGUUGAAAAAUUCUCACAUAAACUAUAAAGCUUUGAAUAGUAUUAACUUUUCUGCCAUAAUGAUACCAUUUUGAGUGAUAGUAGUGAUUUGUAGGUCUGUGGGUUUUUUAUAGCUUGCAAGUGAAUAUUUCUCAGCAGAAUAGGUCCUGAAAGGGUAUAUUUAACUCUGGU